AUGGAAGAAUUAAUUCGAUCAGUUAUACAAUUUGAUGGUGCUCUAAAUCAAGAUGUUAUUCAAUGGCUAGAAUAUAUUGAAGAAGUAUUUGAUCGAGUACAAUUACAAACAUCAAAUAAAUAUAUUGCUAUACAAUACUUUUUAACUAAUAGUGCUGCUACGUGGUUUAAAUAUAAGAAAUCAAAUAUUCCUGAUUGGUUUACAUUUAAACGUGAACUUAUUGAAGCUUUUCAAUCGUCGUCCUCCUUUUCCUCAUCACAUCUUCUUGAUCGACAUCAAUUAAUAAUUAAAGAAGAACCACAAAAACUUGAACAAGAACAAGAUAUAUUACCUGUUCCUGCAUCGACUUCAAUAAUAUCCAACAAGAAAAAUGAUAGUGAAGAUUAUCAAUUAGAUUUAGUUCAUGAUGGUUCGAUUAAAUCAUUAGAAAAUUUAGAAGUUGAUGAUUUAGAAGAUAAAUGUUUACAUGAACAUGAACAAGGUUAUUACUCAUCUAUAUUAGUUAAUACUAAUGAUUUUGAUCUGGAUAUUCAACAUCAAGAUGCAGAUGCAGCAGAUAGUUGUGAUACACAACAACAAGGUGCAAAUGUAGCAGAUGUUUGUGAUCAAUUAGAACAACAAGGUGAAUCUGUUAUUAAUUCUGAUUCUGUUCAAACUGAUAUUGAAGAUACUUUUGAAGAUUUUACUCGACCUAUGGAUAGUUUAACAGGUAAUGAUUCAUUAAUUAAUAUUGUUUUACCACAUGAUGUUCAAUAUUUAUGGUCUGAUAAAUAUAAACCACGUCCACCUCGAAUUCUUAAUAAAGCUCAUGCUGUUUAUAAUUGGAACCGAUAUAAUAAGCUACAUUGCAAUCAAGAUGACUCACCACCACCAACUAUUCAAGAGAAUCAAUUUAAUACUGUUAGUACAGAAUGGAAUUACACAUAUAAUCAUGGACUUCGAUUUUAUUUUUAUAAUGAAAUGAUUCAAUUAAGAUUUUCUUUCCAAAAAACGCGCAAAGAAGUAAUUGUACUUAGAACUUUACAACACGAAAAUAUUGUUGGUUAUAAAACGGUUUGGUGUGAACAUCCUCCGGAUGAUUGGCAAAAAAAGCAAGAGAAAUCUUUUCAAGUUCCAUCAUCCUCGGAAGAUAGUACAACUGGUUUUAAUACGAUUCAUAGUAUAUCAAAAGAAUCAAAGUCGAACCAAGAAAGUAAUGAUGACACAUCAAAUCCAUUUCACCAUUCCGAAAAGUGGGUUCCAUUGAAUGCAAAUAGUGACGAAAACAAGAAAGCACCAGAGAUCACUAAUAUACGUUCAGAAGAAGAAGAAGAUAACAACUAUGAGGAACAAGUGAGUUUCUCUCAAUUUUUUUACCUGCCACAACUAUUUAUGCCUUAGACAUGGCCAUCUGUUACGUCUUCGACUAGCGCAACACCAAGACUGUCCAUAUUGUACAUAGUUAUGGAAUUGUGCAAGCCCGAAACAUUGAAACGUCGUCUAGAUCCUGACUAUCGCCAUAAUUAUGAACUAAAUCAUUUAA